AUGUGGUCCAGGGUCGCCAAACUCGCGUCUCCUGCGCCACGCAAGCCCGCCGCACCCGUCACCCCGCAGCUCUCGACCCCGGACGUCGUCGCCCAACUCGAAGCGCUCCUCGCCUCGUCCCCGGCACCAGCAGCAGUCGCCCCAGCCCUCGACCAGCUCCUCGAUGCUCUCAAGGCCGACUCGGCUCAGGCGACGACCGCCGACGUGCUCCCCGAAGGGAUCGAGCACUUGCUCCGCGAGGGCAGCCUCGGCACGCUCGUGGGCCUCGUCGAGCACGACGCCGGCCUGCGCGAGGAGCUCGUAAGGUGGUACGGCCGCGCCAUCAUCGAGCUCGACGAGGGCUGGCUGUCGCACAGCGCCGUCAACCGCCCAUUAGUGCGGCUACUGCGACGAUGCGUCGACGAGGAGGGCGGUCUGAGCCGAGCAGAAGAGCUCGUCGUCGUCCAGGUCAUGUGCACGGUCGCCGCCCGGAUCAAGACGAGACCAGAGCUCCUCGCCAUCUUCUUCCGCGAGAAACCGCCUCGAGCGAGCAAGAAGGACGCCGCCGCCAACCGCCCGAUCCCGUUGUCGAGCCUGUCCGACCCUCCCGUCUCGCCCACCCUGUCGCAGGCGACCAUGAGCGACACCUCGUUCGCCUUCAGCACGUCGCACACGUCGGCCGGCUCGCCACGCCGCCGAGCCGAGCACGACUUCCUCUUGUUCUCGUACCUGCUCCGGUUCAUCCAUCGCGAGGGCGACGUCGGCGACUCGGCACGCGAGGGCGUCCUGUCGCUCGUCGACGUCGCGCUCGGCUACCCGGCCCAGUACACGCCGUCACUCGACACGUCGGGCGGCCUGUCGCCCAUGACGACCGCGCCGGCUGCCGCUCGCGAGGCGGUCCUCGCCUUUGCCGAGUACCUCCUCGACUCGGACUUUGCCGACGUCCUCGGCGCGGGCCUCGGCGCGCUGUACGGCCUGCUGCCGACCAAGCUCGUCGUCCGCGCCGACGCGACCGCCACGAGCGGGACCGCGCCGGGCGAGGCGCAGGUGACCGGCGGCAUGGUCCUCGGCGGCAUGGGCGCCCUACACGGCGAUGAGGCCGACGCCGAGGCCGCCGAGCGCCGGCGCGAGGACGACGAGGCGCGCCUGCGCGCCGAGGGCUACGGCGUCACGGGCACGGCCGAGUUCCGCGACGGCCUCGACGGGUUCCUCAAGCUCGUCGAGUUCACACGCGACGUCCUGCGGCGCUGCACCGACGGGCUCGCGCUCGGCGACAAGGUCGACAGCGACGACGCACGGCAGCAGCACCUCGUCAUGACGGCGCUCACGGGCGCCAUCCUGUCGGCCGUGCGCGAGCUGUUCCUCCAGAGCGUCCUGUACCCGUCCGUCCUCGAGUGCUCCGACGCCGACGGGUCGGCUGUCGCCGUCCUGACGUACCUCGACGCGCUCCUCACCGUCGUGCCCGAGGGCUCGACGCUCGAGGCGGCCAUCCUCGGGUACCUCCUCGCCGACGACACGGCGGCGGACCACGCCGCCUCGCCCGCCCCGCGCCGACCUCGCCCGGCGCACGCCUCGUCGUCGACGUCGACGCCGCCGACGCUCCUCAGCAAGGUCAAGCGGCGCAAGUCGUCGGCGCUCCUCCUCGUCGAGCGCACGGCGCCCUCGCCCGCCGCCGGCCGCGGCGGCGACUACUACACGUCGCACGGGCGGUUCAGCCUGCGCGACCUCCUCGUGUCGCACGUCAACUCGUCGUCGGCGUCGACGGCGGCGGCAGCGCUCAAGCUCCUUCAGACGGUCCUCGUGCGGCACGACCGGUGGAGCAUGGCCCUCCUCGACCCGGUCCUGGACGAGGCGGCGACAAGCUUCCCGAUCACGCUCCGCGCUCCGCCUGUCGCCCUUGACGACGACGACGACGACGACGAGUCGGACGAUGAGCCGCCGCGACGGCAUCCUGCGCUCGACACGGCCGAUGAUUCGGACUCGGACGAGUUUGUCUACCCGACGCACGACGGCCCGAGCACGCCUCGCACCGGUCGGUCCUCCGCCUUCGCCAAGACGCCCGCCGCCGCUCUACGUCCCCUCCUCGGCAUGCCCCUCCCGUCCACGCCGUCCGUCGCGCUGCACCUCGACCUCCUCGACACGCUCCUCUCGCUCGUCGGCCGCAUCGACCCGACCUACCGCCGCAUGCGCGCCGUCGGCGGCGGCUCCGAGAUGGUCACGACCGGGUUCGCCAACUACCUGCGCGACGCCGAGGCGAGCCUCGCGAGCGAGCUCGGGUUCCGGCGCGGCUUGCGCGCGUCGCCGGACGAGGCGCGCGAGGCGGCCGUCCCGCCCAUCGAGCCGCGGCGACGGAGCACGCUCUUUGGCCCAAGCAAGCCGUCCCUGUCGGCGUGCGACUACGCGGCGGCCAAGACGGGCUACCGGCACAAGCUGCGGCCGACCGCCGAGCUCGUCGCGCUCCUCCUCGAGUCGCUCGCGGGCUUCUUCUCGCACUCGCCCGACGUCAACCUCGCCCUGACGGCCGUCCUCGCCGCGCUCGCCCUGUCGCCGUACCGGUCACUCGACGGGUGGCUCCUCCCCGUCGUUCGCCAGGUCAAGACGGCCGUGUCGGGCGCGAGCCCUCGGCCGAGGCGCUCGCCGAGGAGCGACGACGGCGACGACCGCAGCGACGACUACGAGGUCGACGAGCGCAGCCGUCAUGCCGCGCUCCUCUCGCCGCACCCGACGCACGUCUUGACAGGCGCCGCAUCCACCGGCACCGCUCCGCCGUCGGCGACCCGUGCCGCCCUCGCGUCGUCCGACUCGCUCCUGUCGACCCUCGACGCCCUCGCCGAUUCGAUCGAGCAGUACCGCCUCACGAUCCCGCGGUUCGACAAGUACCUCGCCGAGCGGCGCGAGGGCCUCUUCUUUGCCGAGAACCUCGCCGAGGCGCUUGAGGGCGACGAGCUCGGCGCCGCACUCGACGACACGGCGUUCGCCCCGCCCAAACCGCCGGUGCUGCCGUCGCCCUCGCUCGACGCCGCAACCAAGAAGUCGCCCGCGCUCGGCGGCUUGGGCGGCUUCUUCUCGCCGCGCCGCCCGUCGGCCGCGCACCGCCGCACGCCGUCGACCCCGGCCGCGUCGUUCCACACCCCGCCGCGCUCGCACGCCCAGCGCACGAGCCACCUGCGCCGCUCGGCGUCGGACGAGUCGCUCGCGCCCGCGUCGCCGUCGCCCCGAGGAGGAGGAGGAGGGCUCGCGCCGCCGCCACCGCCGCGAGCGAGUGCGGGCCAGGGCCCGGCGUCGCCGUUCGCGGCGCACUACCGUGAGACGGGCGCCAUCACGGUGACGCCUGUCGUCGUCGCGAGCCCGGCGCCGCGGCGGACAGUGGACGACGACGGCGAGGGCGACGAGCGCGAGGCGGUAGGUCCGCCCGACUCGCCGACUCGGAGGCUGUCGAGCCGGGCCCGUGCGGCGUCACCCUCGGCGCGCUCGUCGGCGUCGUCGUCGUUCCCGCCGCCUUCGACGACGGCCACGAGGCGCUCGCCGUCGACGGUGGCGGCGACGGCAACCGUGUCGCUGUCGACGGUGCUCGACAACGUGAUCCUGCUCGAGGAGUUUGUCAAGGAGGUGGCGGCCAUCGUACACGUGCGGCGCGCGGUCGGGAUCGACGCCCAGUACCAUCGAGCCCGCAAGCCCGUCGCACCGCCCGCCCGCGGCGUCGUCGCCCUCAUCCGCAGCCGCCCCCGCCUGCUCACCGACGCGUCGUCGCCCCGACCUCGAACGCGCCCAGGCGGCCGUGGGACCCGGCGCAGCAGCAUGGACGCCGAGCGACAAGCACAUGCGGGUGUCGUGCCGGCUCAAGGCGAGGGCUCGCCUGCUCCAACAGCCGCCGCAGCAGUCGUCUAUGGUCCCGCCAACAAGCCGCAAGUACCGCAACACGCGCUCCCGCUCUCGCCGCCCUUGACCGACGUCUCGGCCGCGGCGUCGACCGACAGCAGCCCAGCCACCAUCUCGACGCCCCAGAUGCCCGCCGGCACGCCGCCCAUGUCGCCCGGCGCGAGCUCGACCCAGGGCAUCGUCACGUCGCCGUUGCCGCCGUUCCCGGCCGAGGUCUUCAGCAACGUCCUGUCGUUCCUGUCGCAGAAGGACGCCGCGUCGCUGUGCCGCGUCUCGCGCUCGUGGAACCACCACAUCUCGAACGACGCUCGCCUGUGGUCGACUCUCGUCGCGUACCUCGACGCGGACGACGACGCCAUGUGCCAAGCCGUGUGUCUGCGCGCGGGCACGACCGGCGGCGGCAUCAAGGGCGGCGGCGGCAUCCGCCUGCUGCGCCUCGUCCUUCGUUCGGUCCGAGACCGUCAGGGUCGUCACGUGUCCGCGUUGCCCGCCGACUGGCUCGCCGAGCGCACGCGCUGGAUCCUCGACCUCGUCGCCCAGGCGUCCGUCUCGGUCCCGGCGGCCGCGCACGGCCCGUCGGCAGCAGCGGCGCUGCCACGCCCCUGUUCGUCGUUGCGCACGUUGGACGUCGAGUUGUACCCGAACACGCAGGCGUCGCUGUACGUCCUCGACGUUGUCGGUCAGCUGAGCCUCGAGCCGACGUUUUGCAACUUGCGCAAGGCGCGCUUCAUCGUCGCAGCGCCCGGUUUGUACCUGUCGGGCGCGUUCCUCAAGAUGUUCCCGACCGUCACGACGUUCGAGUUCAAGGCCCUUCCGCCCUCUCUCACCAUCGCGCCUGUCGAUGACCGGUCCUGGGUGUGGGAGAACCCGCUCGAGCAGGCCGUCACGUCGCUCGACCACCUCGAGACCCUCAGGCUCAGCCACGUCUACCUCGGCGACGAGAUCGACCUGCCGAGGCUCCCGUCGCUCAAGCGCCUCGAGCUCCGCAACUCGACGUGGGAAGGCCGCGCCAUCUUCCUCCUGUUGCGCCUCGCGCGCCGCACGCUCGAGUACAUCUGCGUCGAACGCGUCGAGUUCGAGCCGGCGCACGACCAGGCCGAAGACUGGCUCGAGCACGUCCACGUCACGGACCCGUCGCUCGUCGAACCGGGCGACCUCGUGACGACGGGGCUGGCUCGGCCCUGGGCAGACGCCGUCCCGAUCCUCCUCCCCGUCCUGCGCCAGCUCGAGGUGUACGGCCCGUCGCCGCCCUUUUUCGCCACGUUCGAGACGGCCGACACGUCCUCGUCGUACGACGACGACUACUACUCGUCGCCCGUCCUGUGCAUGCCCGCCCUCGACCGGUGCGUCGUCGACGCUGUCGACGUCGAGUCGCUGUUCGAGGAGGACGCGCUCGGCGCCCUCGCCGUCCUCGGGCGCAACGCGCCCCUCGUGACGCACCUCGAGCUCCAGUCGCUCGACGUGUCCGACUGGCAGCUCCACUGCUGCCUCGCGAGCAUGGCCGCCAAGGUCACGACGCUCGACCUGUACCAGUCGAGCAUCACCGACUGGCUCGUCGUCCGCCUGCCCUCCCUCGUCCCGUCGCUCAAGGUCCUCGACGUGCGCUGCUGCGACGGCGUCUCGCCCCAGGGCGUCGCGCGCAUGGUCGAGGUCAUCCGCAACAUCAACGACGAGGGCCAGUCCAAGGUCGAGAAGGUCUACGUCGACCCGCCGACGUCGGACAAAGCGCUCCCGGCGUACGAGUGGCUCGACUUUGUCGGCGUCCUCGAGCGCAACGAGGACGACUUUGAGGGCCACGGGCCUGUCCAUGACGUCAAGCAGUGGCGCAAGUGGGUCAAGGAGGGCAAGAAGGACGAGGCGUGGGAGCACAAGGAGCUCCUCGCGAAGCUCGCGGCGGUCCAGCGCGAGCACGAUGCUCUCGAGCGGGCACGCAGCGCGAGCCUGCUCGUCGGCGGCAGCGGCGAGAGCAGCAGUCGCAGCGGCGGCGGCGGCGGCGGCGGCGGCGGGCAUGUCGGCGCGAGCGCGGCCGGCCCGUGCGUGUCGUUCGCCCCGCCGCGCGACGGACCGGCGUCGCACUCGCGGUCGGCGUUCGGGUCCUUCAACUCGUCGCCCAUCAUGCCGUUCGGCACGGCCCAGCCUACCUCGACGCCGAUGCGGCACCAGUACCAGCAGUACGCCGUCCAGCCCGGCCGUCCUCAGCCGCCCGUCGUCCUCUCGUCGCACUUCCUGCCGUCCCUCCCCAUCCAUCGCCACCAUCAGCAGCAGCAGCAGCCGUGGUCGCCGUCGCUGUCCUCCUCGGCGUACGAGCAGGCCCACACCUACUCGCCGACACCGCGCCCGUCGGCGCCUGCCCCUCCCGGUGCCUUCGUACCUCGAGUCGCGCCGUCCCUCGUCCCCAUGCCGGCACGCCGCCACAUGGCCGUCGCCGCCGCCGCCGACACCCGCUCCGAGACCUCGUCAAUCGAGGACGCCGACGACCUCGAGGGUGACUACUCGUUCCUCGACAACGCCGACGGCGGCGCGGCGCACCUCGGCGUCGACUUUAUGCGCGCGCAGCAGGACGAGCUCCAGCGCAUGGAGGCGGCGAGGGACGACGAGAUGCGCGCGCAGGUGCGGGCCGUCGUGCAGGCGGACCGCGACGCCCGGCUCGAGGCGGCGCAGGAGCAGGAGCGGGCGCGCGAGGCGCGCGAGCAGGACAGGAGGGACGAGGCGCAGGCGGCGGCGGUCCUCGUCCUCGCGCGGCGGCAGGGCUUCCAGCCGGCCCAGCCGGUCGGGCAGGCCGACGCCGCCGCGCCGCAGCCGCAGCCGCAGCCGACCCCGCCCGGCGGCGUCGUCUAUCAGGGCUUCGCCAGCGACGGCGACAGCAGCACCGAGGGCGACGACGACGACAUGGCGGCGCUGCACGGUGGGCCCGACGAGGACGGGCGCGACGAGUCGUUCGAGGCGCUCGUGUGACGAGGAUGGUCUCCCCUUCCCCUCGCUCUGUAUAGCUUUCUCUCCCCUGUGCACUCUCCCGUCUUUGCCCUCACUUCCCCCUCGUUCUGUCCUUCUCUGCAGCUUGGUAGCGAGUCCCGAAAUGCAGCUCUCGUUCUGCGG